AUGGGAACUGAGGAGCGGCAAAAGGCCUCAUAUUGGCGCUCUCCGUAUUCAAUCUCGUCGAUCCGCAUCAAGGCAAGAGCACAGGUCGCAAAGAGAGAGGCUCAAGCGAAGAAGAAACAAAUACCUCCCUUUGUCCAGAAGCUGAACAGCUUCCUGGAGGACGGUAGAAACACCCACCUCAUCCGGGAACUGAUCAACUCGGUCUUGCAGCUGGGCCUUGAUUUGCUUCUGGGCUUCACCGAUAUUGUUCAGUCAUAUAUGGCGGACGAGUCUGGGCUGAGACAGAGCUACAAGAACACGUCUUGGUUCGGUGCGCUGACCGUCCCACAAGCCAGGUUGUAA